CCUCAGAAUGUGAGGUUUCUCUCAAAGGCAUCUUGCAUCAGCCUGUGGAUGUAUGCCUACCACCGGGCUCCUUCACAGGCAAAGUGGAAAAAGAAGCAUUUCACAACAUAUUCUGCUUCUUGGGUUGGGGGAACGCUGUGGAUUAUAGCUCUGUUUUCUUCUUUCUGAAACUGUGCACUCCUGGAGGAAAGAAUAUCUACAAGUGGUUUUGGUUUCAAUGUUCCAGAAAGUCCCAAAGCCUGUGGCUUGAAGCAAAGAAGCUGCAAUAAUUGAAGAGAAGCAGAGGCCAGCCAUUCUUUGAGGGUCACGCUCCACAGAGGAUGUUCUGCGCUCGUUGACGUUCCAGUUCCAUCACCAUCUUCUGAGAUGACCCCGAUUCCCAGAAUGCCCUUGGUGCUGCUCCUGCUGCUGCCUAUCUUGAGUUCUGCAAAAGCACAGGUUAACCCAGCCGUAUGCCGCUAUCCUCUGGGUAUGUCAGGAGGCCACAUUCCAGAUGAGGACAUCACAGCAUCCAGUCAGUGGUCAGAAUCCACAGCUGCCAAAUAUGGAAGGCUGGACUCAGAAGAAGGGGACGGAGCCUGGUGCCCCGAGAUUCCUGUGGAACCGGAUGACCUGAAGGAGUUUCUGCAGAUUGACUUGCACACCCUGCACUUUAUCACUCUGGUGGGAACCCAGGGGCGUCAUGCAGGAGGCCAUGGCAUUGAGUUUGCCCCUAUGUACAAGAUCAAUUACAGUCGGGAUGGUACUCGCUGGAUCUCUUGGCGGAACCGGCAUGGGAAACAGGUGCUGGAUGGAAGUAGUAACCCCUAUGACAUUUUCCUAAAGGACUUGGAGCCACCCAUUGUGGCCAGAUUUGUCCGCUUCAUCCCAGUCACUGACCACUCCAUGAAUGUGUGCAUGAGAGUGGAACUUUAUGGCUGUGUUUGGCUAGAUGGCUUGGUGUCUUACAAUGCUCCGGCUGGGCAGCAGUUUGUACUCCCUGGAGGCUCCAUCAUUUAUCUGAAUGAUUCUGUCUAUGAUGGAGCUGUUGGGUACAGCAUGACUGAAGGGCUAGGCCAGUUGACAGAUGGGGUGUCUGGCCUGGAUGACUUCACCCAGACCCAUGAAUACCAUGUGUGGCCUGGCUAUGACUACGUGGGCUGGCGGAACGAGAGUGCCACCAAUGGUUACAUUGAGAUCAUGUUUGAAUUUGAUCGCAUCAGGAAUUUCACUACCAUGAAGGUCCACUGCAACAAUAUGUUUGCUAAAGGUGUGAAGAUCUUUAAGGAGGUACAGUGCUACUUCCGCUCUGAAGCCAAUGAGUGGGAACCUAAUGCUGUCUCCUUCCCCCUUGUCCUGGAUGACGUCAACCCCAGUGCUCGAUUCGUCACGGUGCCCCUCCACCACCGCAUGGCCAGUGCCAUCAAGUGCCAGUACCAUUUUGCUGACACGUGGAUGAUGUUCAGUGAGAUCACCUUCCAAUCAGAUGCUGCAAUGUACAACAAUUCUGGAGCCCUGCCCACCUCCCCUGUGGUGCCCACAACCUAUGAUCCAAUGCUUAAAGUUGAUGACAGCAACACACGGAUUCUGAUUGGCUGCUUGGUGGCCAUCAUCUUCAUCCUCCUGGCCAUCAUUGUCAUCAUCCUCUGGAGGCAGUUCUGGCAGAAAAUGCUGGAGAAGGCUUCCCGGAGGAUGCUGGAUGAUGAAAUGACAGUCAGCCUUUCCCUGCCAAGUGAGUCCAGCAUGUUCAACAAUAAUCGCUCCUCGUCACCAAGUGAGCAGGAGUCCAACUCAACCUACGAUCGCAUCUUUCCCCUUCGGCCUGACUACCAGGAGCCAUCCAGGCUGAUACGGAAACUCCCGGAAUUUGCUCCAGGGGAGGAGGAGUCAGGCUGCAGUGGCAUUGUGAAGCCUAUCCAGACGAAUGGGCCUGAGGGGGUGCCCCACUACGCAGAGGCCGACAUUGUGAACCUUCAGGGAGUGACAGGAGGCAACACCUACUCAGUGCCUGCUGUUACCAUGGACCUGCUCUCUGGAAAAGACGUGGCUGUGGAAGAGUUUCCCAGGAAACUCUUAGUCUUCAAGGAGAAGCUGGGAGAAGGCCAGUUUGGGGAGGUUCAUCUCUGUGAAGUGGAGGGAAUGGAAAAAUUCAAAGACGAAGAUUUUGCCCUAGACGUCAGUGCCAACCAGCCUGUCCUGGUGGCUGUGAAAAUGCUCCGAGCAGAUGCCAACAAGAACGCCAGGAACGAUUUUCUUAAGGAGAUAAAGAUCAUGUCCCGGCUCAAGGACCCAAACAUCAUCCGCCUCUUAGCUGUGUGUAUUACCGAUGACCCCCUCUGCAUGAUCACUGAGUACAUGGAGAAUGGAGACCUCAAUCAGUUUCUCUCCCGCCAUGAGCCCCCCAGUUCUACCUAUGGCAAUGUACCCACUGUCAGUUACACAAACCUGAAGUUCAUGGCUACCCAGAUUGCUUCUGGCAUGAAAUACCUUUCCUCUCUUAAUUUUGUCCACCGAGAUCUGGCCACACGAAACUGUUUAGUGGGUAAAAACUAUACCAUCAAGAUAGCUGACUUUGGAAUGAGCAGGAACCUGUACAGUGGUGAUUACUACCGGAUCCAGGGCCGGGCAGUGCUCCCUAUCCGCUGGAUGUCUUGGGAGAGCAUCUUGCUGGGCAAAUUCACUACGGCAAGUGAUGUGUGGGCCUUCGGGGUAACGCUGUGGGAGACUUUCACCUUUUGCCAGGAGCAGCCCUAUUCCCAGCUGUCCGAUGAACAGGUCAUUGAGAAUACUGGAGAGUUCUUCAGAGACCAAGGGAGGCAGACCUACCUCCCGCAGCCUGCCAUGUGCCCUGACUCUGUGUAUAAGCUGAUGCUCAGCUGCUGGAGAAGAGACACCAAACACCGCCCCUCGUUCCAGGAGAUCCACCUUCUGCUCCUUCAACAAGGGGAUGAGUGAAGCCGUCGAUGCUGGCAACAUUUCCACAGCCCUGGUCCCCCUCACAAGACCUACCAUUCACCCGUGCCGAAGCCACUCCAUCUGGACACUUAACGGACCUGAGAGACUGAGGCUUGUUUGCUUUGUGUUCCUUCUGUCCCUUUUCUUCCCCCACUCCACUCCCCAACCUCAUCCCCCAACACUAUAUCCUUUUUUUUUUUUUUUUUUUUACAUUAAAGAACUAAAAAAAAAGCCUAGGGCAGAGAAAAUCUAGUAAGUCUUACUUGAUAUACCAAGAUGUUGGCUAACAAAGGCUAGAAAAUUCAGAUAAUUUAUAAAGCUUAAAUAUGCUUGUGUUUAUAAAUGUGCAGAUUCUAGAAUAUUUUGUUUUCCACGUCACUCACUCUUUAAAACGUAUUUUCAGAGAGAGACACUUGAAAGAUACUAAUGUCUGGGGAAAUGUGAGAUUAGGUUUAGGGAAAACGCUUGGUAGGUGUGGAGAAUCUGGGGAAACUGUAUUCAGCAACUAAUCCCGGGAAGUUUCCUAAUUUGGCCUCUGGGCAAGUCUUUGAACAUCUCUCUGCAUUUCCGCAGCUUCUGUGGAAUGGAUGUUUUGUUCAUUCGUGGGCAAGGGUCCAGGUUGGGGUCCAUAUAUGAAGUAUAGAGGAUGUGGAUAGGAAAGAGUGUCUGCUAUGAGGCUGUAUAAAGGAGAAUUGUCAUUUAUAAAACAAAACAAAACAGUACUCUAUGCGUGGAAGGAUCCUUGAAUAGAGAAUGCAUGUAGGACAGGAGGUCUACAGAGGCCAGGUAACAGGUAUGCUAUUCAUUUGUGAUGUCUGCAGAAGGUCCUUCUCUUUGUUUUGCUCAGACAUUUUGAAGUGUGUUUUCAUGGAAGCCUACUUUUUGAAUCAGUAAAGAGUGGUGUUUUGACAUCUUUAUCCUAGGCCCCCUGGUUCAUCUUCUUCAAAUCUUCUGGCUGUUUUAAUGGAUGAAGUCUUGGUGGGCAUCAUGGGCUGGGGGCUGAAUUUUUUAGGCAUAAAAAGCUGAAUGCCAUGUACAGUAGGGAAUAGGUCUGAGUGUCCCCAAAGUGUCGACCUAAGAGCAAUGGGGAGAAGUUACAGGGUGACUAAUUUCCACUCCCUACAAAGGAAAACACAGCCAGAGUCAGAGUAUACAAGGAUGAAUGGGCUGUCUCCACAGAUAGAGAGACGUUUGUCACUGAAGACAUUCAGAUAUAGGCUAGAGAACUAUGCAAGAAAGAUGUGGGUUUUCAAACACAAUAUAGAUGGUUGUAUGAGAUGGUAUUUAAUGUCCUUCUAACCUGAGAGUCUUUGAUUUCAGAGAGGCAAGGAGUGAGCACGAUGAGAAAAGUCAGCCACUGGUACUACUUAAGCGUAUACAUGCUUCUGCCACCUCCUCAGCGAUGAUUUUACCACCAGAAAAGAGCAUGAGGCUCUGGUUUCUUUUCCUCCAGAACUCAUGGAAUGGGUACACUGUCAAGCAAUAGUUCCCUUAGAAUGGAAGCUGAGCUUUCACACUCUACAAAUCCUCAGAUUCAAUGGGAAGCAGGAGAAAAGAACCCUCAAUUCUUGCUGAAGAGAAACAAGAAAGGAUUACAGGAUAAACUCCCUAAACUGAGAAGAAAGUCUUGAGCCUUAGGUCUGCUUCUGUUGCCCUCUCCCAGUCCACCUUCUACACAGUCUCUCAGGAACUUGAGUGUUUCUCCCUGUUCAGCCUUUAGCAUUACCCAGACCACUAAAAAACAGAAGCAUAAAUCCCAAGUCUCCAAGAUUCAUUUUGCAGACCUGCAAACAGCCUUUCCUCAGAGUUGUCCUAUGACUCUGGGCUUUAUUUCUUCCCAGGGCUAACUUUAGAGACACUAUUAGUUUGGGAGUUUUGAUCUUAUUUCUGCCUCAAGCCAAGUGUGUCAUCACAGGCAAGUCAUGUUGCCUCUUUGGGCUUUUGUUUCCUUAACUAUAAAAUAUAAAAUUAGGUUAGACAGUCUUGAAGUCUCUUGUAGCUCUGAUAUGGGUAAGCGCUCCCUGGACAAUUGGAUUUACAGCUGAUGUGGAUUCAGUUAUCUGGCCAUCUCCUGCCUUGCAAUUUUGGUCAUAGGUCAACAAAAGAGAUCGUGGGGGGAAGUCACUGUAAUAGUAACACCUACCAUUUAUGCAGUGCUUUUUUAAAGUUUACCAGGUGCUUUCACAUACAUAUGUCAUUUGAUAACAUGCAGGGCCAGGCAUGUUCUCUUAUACCUUGGUUCCUGCCAUGCUCUGCUUUCAAGAUAAGUAUUGAAGUCACUAGAAUUAACAGGACUUGAAUCAGGCCCUGCAGCCUAUUCUCCUUUAUCCAUAUACUUCUAGGAGGGCUACAUCCAGACCAUGCCAUGACUUCUUACGUGGCAAGAGAAAAUGAUAGCAUGUCCCCUUCCUUUGCCCACCAUCUCCCCACUUAUUUCUUUUUUGAUUCUGACUCAAUUCACUACACCGCAUGAUCCAAUAUAAAACAAAUCAUGUUUAAAGCGAACUUAGUAUGUCUGAUGUCCUUGGCCUCGAGUCACAGAAGUAAUCUGUUUCAGGUAGCUACCAGUUACGUAUUAUCAUGUAUAGUUAUCCUUUUCUGGGAUGAAAAAGGCUUCAACUUCUGGCACUGAGAUCUUUGUAUUACAGACACAGGUUUAGCUUGUAGCGUAGUCAUACCUACAGUGUUUAGCUGCACAGAUCUAAGAGACCCAAGAGAUCUUAGUAUGUAGAAGUUAAAUGUAGCUCAGAAGUUAAAAAUUAUUUGGAAAAGAGGUAGGAAAAAGGGUGGAAAAACUGUGGGGCCUUGUUACCUUUGUAAUAAGUCAACCUCUUCACGAUAUAUGGGAAAAACUGUUACAUCCAGAUUUUGUUUUUGGAUCGUCAGAUCUAAAUUUAUACUUUUGCUGGUCAACGAGAUUACAACUAGGUCCAAAUCUUGGUGAGCUGUCCAGGCACAUAUGUGAACAGAGAAGAUGUGGAAUUGAAAGAGGCUCCCCCACGGGGAAAAUACUGAGCACCUGUGUAUUCUAGACUAUUUCAAGUGCUGAGGAUAAUGGUGGUUAAGAGGAAAUCAAUUCUGCCUGGACUGGCCUUGGUUUUCCAAGUGUGUUUUGGAAACAAAGGCCAAGAAAUGGGGAAUUCACAAUAGUUCAUGAAACUAAGUGUUUCCUUCUUUUGCCUCUGUUGAUAAAUCACCUUCAAGUGUACAAGACUAUAAUGAAGAGCACUGUAUGCAAGUGAAGUGAAAAAAGUGAAUAAAUGAAUGUGUAUACUACUGAAUUGGGAGGGGGGAGGGGCUAGAAAGGAGGUUACAUGAAAGAGGUAAUGGAGAAUGUACCAGAAGGACGCAGGAAGGCCAAGCAAGGUAAAAAAAAGGACUAGCCAGAGCUGUUGGGAAUCCAUUCUGAAGCACGACAGCAGAGGAUAAGAGAGGGUAAGAAAAGUAAGUGUCUUGAAGGAUAAAUAUGGAUGGAGAAAGAAGAAAUUCUGGAUGAUGGGUAUUAUAAAAUAUUAACUGAAAAAUGGUAAGUCAGGAACAGUCUAUGGAAUAGAAGGGAGAUUUUCAGAGUUUUUAGAAAGAGAAGUCCUUCACGGAUAUAAAACCCCAUAAGCAACCACCAGGGAAAGACCUUUUCAUUUCAGAGGAAAUGAGUUGGAGAGGCAGGCUGAGCACCUGUGUAUUCUAGACAGCUAUGAGUCCUGGGGAUAAUGGUGGUUAAGGAGAAAUCAGCUCUGUCUAAACUGGCCUUGGUUUUCCAAGUGCUGCUUUGGGUAAAACCAGGACUUAGAGAUGGGGAAUUUAUGGAAGCUCAUGAAACUUAGUGUUUCCGUCUUUUGCCUCUGUUAAUAAAAUCUAUUUUCAAUAGAUUUUUCUGGGCACAACACUGUUGUGCCCACAGUGGCCUCAGGCAAAUAUUGAAACUGUAGGCUUAAGUCAGACAAGGCUAAAUCUUGUUUGAUAUCUGCACAAAGAAGUAUGUGCCAUGUUGGAAACAUGUGUUUUCUAGUUCCCCCCAGGCUUCCCACAAGAAAGCCACGAUGUGGGUCUUCACCAUGUGUUUUGAGUAAAGGAAAAGAGGCAGAGUGUUUAAAAGAGGGAGAGAGAUGAAGAUGUUACAAAGAAAUAUGCUAAAAAAGAACAGCAUCUGUUUUGCCCAAAACUAUAAAAAAUGAAGAAAAUUACCUUUAGGGCUCAGAUUACCCCAAUAUAUGGCUAUUAAGUCUUUGAUUCUAAGUUGAAUUUAUAGGCCUGGAAUUUUCUAUCUUAGUCUUUUCAGUAAGACUUUGAACCUCUAGCACUGCAUGUGGUCGACCCCUUAGUAUUUCUGGAAGACAUAGAUCCUGAUGUAUGCUGGAAAAUCCUGAAUUUUAACUUAACAUUCUCAUAGGAACAGAUAAAUGUCAUUACCACUUGGUAAAUGCCUUGAAAUGCUGUAUUGAGAGGAAAAAGACUGGAAUAGCUAAUGGUGAUUCGAUGUCUAGCAUUUUGAGUUAUCUGCUACAGUUAGUUGCAUUACUUGUAGUGACUAGAGGCAGCCACUUGUGGUGGGUAAUUGUUUAGUUACUGGAUACUUUUGUUAAACUUGUUAUUUUGACAUGAUUUAAGACUCCAAAGGAACUGCAAAAACAGUGGAGAGUUGCCUGACAUUUCAACCAGCUUUCUCCAUCAAAAACAUCUUACAUAACCACAGUCCGAUUUCAAAACCAGGAUAGUGACAUUGUUACAAUACUCUUAGCUAAACCACAGACAUUCGGUGGCUGGAUUAUUUUAAUAACACUUGCUGAUUUAUAACCUGAUCCUCCUUGGAUACAGAGGGAAGGGCAGUACCUGGGCAUAAUUGUAUAAAAUUCCAAAGAGAAUACAUCAAAUUAAUCUGUUCCUUUUUCAGUGGGCCAUAGCCUACCUCUGCUGUUUCUAAAUUUUCUAACUAGAUUGGCUAUUUGGCAUCUGAAACAGUCCAAGAACAACUUCCGGGAAAUCAGACUGCACGAAAGAUAAUAAGACCUGCCCGUAGUUUUCUGGGUAGAGAACUGGGUUAAGAAGAAAACUCUAGAUUGUCCUGCAGUUUCUAGAAGUGAAUAUGAUUUGUAGUUGUGAUCAGGAGAGGACUUUAGAGUAAGCUAGUAUUUAGGUCAAGAGCUAGGUGGCUUCAGGGAUAGCUUGUCCAAGGAAUCUAGUGUAAUGGUAUUGACCCUUAAUGGGUUAGUGAUAACCAUUUUCAGAAUAUUAGAGAAGUUUCAUUUGCCUAAACAUCUAUUUGUAAGUGGAAAAACAACCAUACUAUUGGACCAAAUUAAAUACUAACACAGCAGUAAUCCGGGCAGAAGCUGAAACUCCAGUUUUGUGGCCUACAGCUUUGAGUUUUGUGACGGCAGUUCUAAGCUGCCUUGUUCAAGUCACAAGGUUCUAACUCGGUUCACCACUGCCUACCCCAUGUCCUGUAAAGUUUCUGGCACAUAGUAAGCACUUGAUAAGUAUUUGCUGAAUAUUGUCUCUUCAUGUAAUGAAUAAAAGACAGAAACAAAAACUUGUUAUCCAGCAUAACUGGGGGUGAAUUGAGGAAAAGGUGCUUUGUUGUAACCUGGAGGGUUUACUUUCAAAUCGGGGAGAAGAAAAAGUACCCAGACUCAUGCCUGGGUAUGGACUUUCUCCAUUCGACUAUUUUCUGAUGCUGAAAUUGAUUUAUGGAGAUGCUUCAUUCUUUGAGGUAUUUAGAUAGCUACACAGGGUGGUUCUCGAUAGGACACCCCAUCAAGAGCAGGCACCACAUUCCGGCUCUAAACCCAGCCCGUUGGAAACAAGCUAUCUAGUUUCUCCUGUGGACACCUUACCUUGUCAACAACUUCUGGGACCUCUGCAGGAGAAGCACCAGAGUCCAGAGCCAGCCUGUGUCACACACAUUCACAACAGCAUGUAGAGGAAGAAUUUGCAGAGAGACUCAUGGGGAAGCAUAAUGGGAUAAGGUUAUCACUUUCAGUGAAAAAAGAUGUUUUCUUGAAUAGAGGCUUGAAAACAAGUGAAACUGCGGAGGUUUCCUGCAAGCAUACCAAGAGUUUGUAACCUAGCCUAUCCAUUUUAUGUCUUUUACUACUCAUGCUAUUCUAUUCCUUUCCCCUGUUGUCCGGUAACUUUUUCCCAGGACUGAGUUUCUGAUGCAAUGUGGUACACCCUUACUGUGAGGAGGGAACAUCUGGGCCCUAUUUUGCAGGCUUUGAAGGAUGAUGUGUCCUGUCAAGGGUUAAAUAGCAAACUGAUUUCAUUUCUGCUUAAAGCUAUCGUAGUCGUUCCAAAAUAGAACACAUACAAAUCGUCUGUAUUUGAAAAAGAAACGUGAUACUAAUUGUAUAUGUUCUUUUCUUUAUUUAUUCUCUGUAAGUCUGUCAGAUGAGAAAUUGUAAAUAACAGUGAUUAAAGAAACAUGCUACUGA